AUGACCGAUGAUAUUAACAUGAGAUUUGUUACAGCUUUGAGAGACAUCGAUUCAGAUAAACGCAAGAAACUUGCUUUGCAACAAGCUUGGGAGACAUACAGUCAUAUAACGAAUCCAGAAUCGUCAUUCAGGUUCAUUGCACAGAUGGCAGAAUGUACUACUGCCGAAGUAAGGCAAUAUUUUACAGGACAGCGGCGUUCUUUUAAUGUGGAACAGCCACCUUCUCCCGCUUCAACUUUAUCACCACCUCCUAGUACAUCAUCAAGCGAACUUACAGAACUUUCUGAAACUUUUGCUUCGGCAGCAACACCGGAUGGACU